AUGGCGACGCGAUUUCGAGUGGGAUCGGCAAAAGCGAAAGCAGCUGCAGGGCCCACUGUGCCGGAGGCCGGCGAAGUGAGCAUUGCGACGAUCGCAAGCGGCCAGAUGCCUUUGACUCCAGUGUCCUGCCGUGGACGGAUUCACACGAUCUUUGGUACCCAGGAGCGAUACCCUGUGUGCAAGUUUAUCAUGUCGGACAAGCCGGGUCCAGACGGAGCAGAGCCUGUGUCGAUCGUGGUGAAGCUAAGUGCUGCUCCAGGACAACGCUUGGAGUUGGACAGCAUGGUGUUGGUGCUCAACGCUGAAGUGCGAGCGCUGUGGAAGCGCCCGGACGGUAGCAUUCCGGAAGAAUGGUUCUGCGAUCGUCUUGCCCCUCGAGAGCUCGGGUGCAAUAUGGCAGAGCAGGGGAAGCGCAAGAGAGGUGUCUUGUCAACGAUUCGGCUCCUGCGGGAAGACCCAUCCUACGAUGUCUAUCCAAAGGCAGCCUUUGAUGUAUUGCCGUCGAUGCCGACAGCGUUGCCCUCAGAGCCGGACGUGCAGAUGGCCAACGUCCAAGUGCGGGUGGUGGACGUCGGGGACGUGUCGGGCGGCGACCGGGCGAAGAAAAUGAUUCGUGCGGCAGAUGCAGCUGCCGAAGACGAUUCUGUGGAGAGCCUGUACGACAUUGCACUGUAUGACGGCCACGCCACCGCAGAGAUGAUCCGCGCAGAAACCACUAUCGCGAUCAUUGGCUUGAGCUUGGUGCGUGGUGGAUACGCAUACGUUGGUACGCCGCCGCAGCUGUGCCUGGCCAUGGAGGAGGAGAAGCUGUCGACAGACUUUCAAAAGCUUGGGGUCCGCGUAGACAAGAGCGAAGAGCCGGGAGAGCAGCACGCGGGGCAUAGCACAGGAGACGAUGGAGCUGCUUCCGAGGCAACAGCAAUGCACAGCUUCAACUACAUGUUGGACCUAAAUGUCCCAGGCCAUUUCGCAACCCAGGCCUCAGCGCGGCGGUUUCUGCAGAGCGUGAUGUGCCUUGGCUGUCAUGAGGUUAGAGCCUGCGUGAGGCCGUUGCGGUGGACUAUGGCAAUCCCACUGAAAGAAGGACUGCAAAUUCGGUGCGCGUUCCAGGGCACGGCGGAGCAAGGCAAGCAGCUUCUCGAGAAGAUCCGGGCGGUGGGCCGGCUUCGGGAGCUGAACGAAGGGGAUGCGCAACGUCAGAAGCAGGACGUGGUGGGAGGGCUGGUGGUUAGGUGGGCAGAGGAAGGUGGUGACAUGCGUAGACAAGCCUAUCGAGCUCGGCAGCAAUUGGUUGACAACGUGGCGUCACUGAAGCGUAGCAACGAUGCAGCAGUUCACCUGGCCCAGCUGCUCCCUCCAGGGGGACGCGCGGCAAAGAUGCGGCGUGCGGUUAGCCAUUUGGGCGAAGUAUUGGUCAUUGGAGCCUUGUUGGCAGAACAGCAGCAAGAUUUGUGUUGUAAAGUCGAGGCCCAAAGUAUCAACGCGGCCAGCUGUAGCUUUGCGGGGGCACAUUUCGAGACGAAGCCAAAACUGUCCGCGAUUGUCGGUGUCAGGGGAAGUCGCGUGACAGCUGCCACGGUUCGAUCAGCCAGCCAGAGCGUUGCUGACAAUGUGCCUGCAGAAGAAGAGGCCAUGGUGGCCAUUGUCCGCGCCGGGGCGAUCCUUCUGCUGAUCCGGCUGCAGGAGGAUCAAGAGCAUAGGUGCCCGGUGGACCGAAAACGGGUCGUUCGCGUCAUCCGUUGGGUGCAUGCGUGGCGGGUAGAAGGGACAGGCGAAGAGCCGCUUCGGCGCCAAGGUGGUGCGGGCUACUUCUGCCCUGCAGAGCCUGGAGCUUUUCGAGGUGGCGGAGUGACUGCGACCUAUGCCUGCAUGGAUGCCUGGUUGAGAGCAACGGAUUGGCUGGGUGCCGAGGUUAAUGUCUACUUCGGUGUGGGCACCUAUGGCAUUGCUGGAGACCGGCAGCGUGGACAGGGAGCGUGCUACAGAUUGAAGGUUGAAGGUGUUGACAAGGACAUCAUAGCCCAAUCCAUCAACACAGGGUGGGAUGUCGAUGGAAACCAGUUCGACCUGCAAAUUGCGGCUGGCGGGGCUGGAGCCUUCAACGUUUGUGCGGGCUCGGCCGGGAGCAUGUUCUCUGGAGGCCCAUGGAUGCUCGUGAGCGGAGCUGGCGUGUGUCGCGGACGCUUCGCGUUGGAGCGGCAGGAAGCAGGUCGGUCGCAGGAGUGGUGUGAGCCCUACUUGGUCGGUGCACGCGGCUGCAAUGCUGUGCCGAUCAUGGUAUUUGGCCUGGUGACGACCGAGUUAUGGGUAGAUGCGCGAACUGCGCACUGCGCGCGGUCCACGUGCAGGACAGAUGACGCAAUGGCAAUCGCCGGCAACUCGGGGAAGACAGCAGAAGGCUCUAUCACCCAGGUGUCGCUGCCGGCGUCGCGCGGGUGCUAUCGUCGGGUGGGGCGACGUAGCACCGUCAAGGAGUGCCCGACGGGUAGUGGUUCCAAAGCUGAGGGAAUGGCAUCAAGCGACGCCCGAAAAUUGGGCGACGGACAGAGCGUGAAUGCGGACAACAGCAUCCACGGGCUGCGAGGACAUGAUCAGCUGCACCGGGCCUGGUCGAGGGUGCCCGUUGUUCGGCGAAGCCAUCCGAUGUGGGGCUUGCAAAGGGACAGCCAAGCCGCGCGUCCAGCGACGGAUGGGUGCUGCCGAGCGACGCGGGCAGUGCCACAGCACACCGAUGGGGUGGAGACGGAGGGGUUUCCGCCGCUAGAGACAGAAGAAGGCGGCGUGGUGGAUGUGUGUGCGUCGUGGCCGUUGGCUGGCGUCUUACGGCUGCGUCGGCGCUUCUGCGGCGGAGGGCCGGCGCCAGAGCUGCGAGAGUUGGUGGCAGGGAUCUGCUACUCUGUGCUGAGUGACGCAAAACAAGUGGAAGAGCUAUUGGCACAAGAUUGGGUAGAGUCAUGGCAGGGCUGGGCAGAGCUGGAAGCGGACGGCAGUGACAGCGUUGCCAUGGCCGUGGCCGAGCGUUUCCUGCAAGUUGCUCGUGCAAAGGUGCCGGUCCGCGUGAUCUCGAACCAAGCACGGCUGCGUGAACUGGAGCAGGAAGGCCUGGCCCUAAUGAUGGCUUCCUCCCAUGGUGUGAAUAAUUGCCUCAUUGAUGCUUUAUUGCUGGGCCUGAUGGUCACGGGCGUGGUUCCGCGGAAGUAUUCCGUGGAUGAACGUGUCUCCGUGCGUGUGUACUUCUAUGAUUGCCUCGAUCAAGCCGAGCUGGGCGAAGCCGCUAGUGACCUCGCAUGUAUAGAUUGGACUUCUGGCUCGGAACCCAGCGACGGGCAGCAGACCCUGUAUGUGUACAAUCACACCGACUGGACAGGCAAGGGGUAUCAUUUUGAUGCGUUAGUCCGCACAGCCACGUGCGGGCAUGACGUUGAGAGCGCAUCACCAGCAGUUGAUGACGUCUUGCGCGCGCAGGAGUGCACGGGCAGGGCACAGGUCCCGAGCGCUGGCAACGGCGAAGGGGCGGCGCCGCAGGUACCGGCUGUCGACGAAGUGGAAACGAUAUUGGGGGACUUCUUUCGCUCGCGCGGCGCGCGCCUGACAAUAACGCGCAGAGACGCGGCCGCCGUUGUCGCAGGCUGGUAUGAUGGAACAGCUUUGAUGGAAACAUUACAUACGUUGCUGCAGGCCGGGCUUGUGCAUGCGGACUCAGGGCAACACGCUGCACGCAGGCUGGUGGACCAAUGGCGCGCGUACUGGGCAGUUCGGACCGGUGGCCCAGGCCGACCACUGGGCUCGCAGCGUGCAGCGCCGGAGCCGGAAAGGUGGACCGCGCAAAAACGAACCGAGAGCGAGGAAUCGGUGAUGAGCGCGAAGCGUCGACCACCAGGUAAGGGUCCAGGACAGGAGCCCAGGCCAGGGCCGGGUGAGCAACAGACGGGGCCCGCAAGGCCACAGCACAGCACGAAGAGGCGGUGGGAGGCUGCGCAGGCGAAGGCAGAGCCCGCAGGCAACACCUGGCAAGAUCGAAGAGCUGAAGAGCCCCAUGCGAAAGAUCGGUCAACGUGGCGGCCAACGAAACGGCUACGAAGGAAAACAUCCGUAGCGGCUAGCCAAAGCACCACAGCCAGCGGCGAGGUUCUGGACGAUGACCAGUACGUGCUGCAGGUGCAAACCGUCGAAAAGAGCAAGGACCACCGUCGCACAGAAGAACUACGCAUCGAGCGCCUGAGUGAAGCAAUCAGCGAGCGGCCGACGUUGCCGUGGAAGUGGCAAAAGAUGGACGCAGGGGUGGCGUAUGACCUGCCUUAUGUACACUGCAGUUUCAAGUCGUGUGAGUUCCAAGCAGACAAUGACGAAGCCCUGGCUGCGCACAUAGUCGUUGCUCACGACGCGGCCUUUGCAGGGGCCAGCGAGGUAACACUGACCGAAGCAGAAAAGCUACGUGCGUACCAGGCAGCGGUUACGUGGCGCUGCCAGCAAGGCUGA